ACUCGGGCCCAAGUGGAUCGAGGGUUGGCCAGUAGUUUUAGGUUAUAGUAACUUUACAAUAUUUAAGUUAGCCUAGCCAAUGUAUUAUUUUUUAUAAAAAUUAUUUUUUACAUAUAUUCCUACUUUUCCUCCUGUAUUGAAAUCAGUGAUCAUGGCCAGUCCCCGAACUAGAAGAGUCCUUCAAGAUUUGAUGCCUCAAUAUGACAACUCGAAAUGUUUUGAGUGUGGAGCCCACAACCCUCAAUGGGCAUCAGUGACAUAUGGAAUCUGGAUUUGUCUGGAAUGUUCCGGAAAGCACCGAGGGCUCGGGGUUCAUCUGUCUUUUGUUCGAUCAAUAACAAUGGACAAAUGGAAGGAUAUAGAGUUGGAGAAAAUGAAGGUUGGUGGCAAUCGUAGAGCUAGAGAUUUUUUCGAUGACCAAGAUGAUUGGGAUGACACAAUGCCCAUCCAGCAACGUUACAACACCAAAGCUGCAGCCCUGUACAGAGACAAGAUUGCAACGCUGGCCCAAGGCAAACCCUGGGAUGAGGCCAAGGCUUCUGCACAAGUUUACAGCUCUGGUUCAUCAUCCAGGUCGCAGCCCCAGCAGAGAACCUCUUCACCGCAGUAUGAUAACUCUUAUGAUGGCUCAAGCUACCAGAACAUGAACUCUCAGAAUUUUAAAGAUGAGACGGAAGCGUUCUUCAAUCGCAAACAGUCAGAAAAUUCCACCAGGCCAGACCAUGUUCCCCCCAACCAAGGAGGGAAGUACUCAGGGUUUGGUUACACGAUGGAUCCACCUCCAAAAAGCCAAUCUCAAGAGUUUUUCGACACUGCUGUCUCGUCCUUAGCCAGUGGAUGGUCCCUGUUUUCGACUGGUGCUACCAAACUUGCCACCAAAGCUACAGAGAGCGCCAUUAAAGUGGGUGGUAUUGCGACUCAAAAGGUAGCUGAAAUUGGUGUUAAUGUUAAUGAUAAGGUAAAAGAAGGUAAAUUGUUGGACGAUGUACAGUCACAAGUCUCUAGUUUGGCGAGCAAGUUUGUCGAGUUAACCUCUGAUCGACCCACCGAAGCAUGCAGCAUGACAGUCAGUGAGAUGGGACGCAGAGGUUGGCAAGAUCUGUCAGGUACCAACACGCCAGCGCCUCCCCCACAGUCUGCGUCAGCUGAUAACUUUCCUAGCUACUCCAACUACUCUUCUGAAAAGUCGUCGCUUCUUGUCGACGGAAACUUAAAGCAAAGAAACCAAAGCGGAGGAUCUCAAGGAGAUUGGGGCGGAAAUUGGAACGAAGCAAGUAACGAAAGAAAAAGAAACUCCGUUCCACCUGACACCGACUCAUACAGGAGACGGACAAAAGAAGAUGAGAUAUGGGAUGAAAUCAAUAACUAGUGAGAAAAAGAAUUGUUGUUGCGUAAGAAUUUUAGUCUUCUAGUUAAUCAUUUUAAGAGAAGAUAUUUCCUACAGCCAGUAUCGAGACUAAAAAACAUUAACAUUCGAUUCAGUAUUUAACUUUUGCAUUGUUUUCAGUUGUAUUGAUGUGGUAUGUUCUUGUAGCGAAAUAUCUCAACUGUCAUUUUACAUUAAAGAAUUAAUUUUCAUGUUUAAGACAAGAAAUGUGUUUGUAUAAUAGAAUACAACUUAUUUUUUCAACAAAAAUUGAUCAAAUUCUCUGCUGUUUAUAAAACUUAAAUGCAGAAUUUUAUCUCUUGCUGAAUCGUGGCACAAUUUAAAAACUUCUGUUUUCAUGAAUUUUUAGUGUUCUUUUAGGAAGUUUGAGACAUCUUUUUAUGUGAAAAUAAUGAAAAGUAUUUGUCAAUUUUAUUGCUUACGAAUACUGCAACUGGACAAAAUGUUGUCAAUAAGGUAUGUUAAAAUCAAUUAUACUGUUGGACUUCCAUUUGUGAUGGUUAAAAAGCAUGAUUGUUAAUUUUUAUUUCAACCAAACUAAGGUAUUUUAAAACUAAGCCUUAUAUGAUAACAGCUGUAUCCAUGCAAAGGCAUUUAGGCACCACUGUAAACAAACCCAAGAAACAUGCAUUCCAGAUAAGCUAAUAAUAAAAUAUUAUUUUUAU